GAAUACAUGGAGCGCUCGUAUAGAAAUACGGUGCAUGACAGCAAGCGCUUCUGCUUAAAAGAAGUCAUCAUUGUCAUAGAGAGCUCAGAAACGACACGAACGAUGACAGCGCGCGUCUUCCGGCAAGGAAAUUCCACAGCUGUAUUAUGUUUUUAACAUUUAUAAUAGUUGUAUAAUUUUCUUAACCCACUGUAUAUAUUUUUUACCCUCAUCUCGGAAGCUUAUCACUCUUUGGAAUAUUUUUUGUUCAUGACUGUCUCUAAUAUAAUCGAAGUGGAGGAGCCAGAUUUGGAGAACUGUAACGUUAAAAUGAAAAAAGAGGCAUCCGAAUUAUUAGGGUUUUCUCCGCAGAAAGAUAUUGUUUACAACGAACUUCUGCCUUACAAGGACAAACUUGACGAUGAGUCCAAUGAAAUUUUGGCACAGAUCAAAGGAAACCUCGGCCGAGCCGUCCAACUCCGAGAGAUCUGGCCAGGGGUCUUGUUUUGGACGAGGAAACUUUCCACGUACAUCCGAUUGUAUGGAAGGAAGUUCAACAAAGAGGACCAUGUGCUCUUCGUCAAGCUGCUGUACGAGCUGGUCACCAUCCCCAAACUGGAGAUCAGUCUGAUGCAGAGCUUCGCCCGUCUCCUCAUCACACUGCUUAAGAAGAAGGAGCUGCUUUCAAGAGAGGACCUAGAAUUGCCAUGGCGACCCCUGUAUGAACUGCAGGACCGGAUCCUGUACUCAAAAACCGAGCACCUCGGCCUGAACUGGUUUCCCAGUUCUCUGCGGCCACGCUCUUCUUCAAAACACAUAAUUGUUAAACUUGCUCAGAGGUGCUCAGUAGAAGCAGUUUUGAAGGUGUUAAUCAAGAGCUGCAGGCCAUAUUUCCCGGAAUCAGCCACACAGGAGAUGCUGGAUGAGUGGAAGCCUCUGAUGUGCCCGUUUGACGUGACCAUGCAGAAGGCGAUGGGAUAUUUUGAGCUCUUUCUGCCCACCACACUCCCCCCAGAGCUGCAUGAUAAGGGCUUCAAACUUUGGUUUGAUGAUUUGAUAAGCCUGUGGGUGUCGGUGCAAAACCUUCCAAGCUGGGAAGUGAAUCUUGUCAGUCUUUUUGCACGACUGGCAAAUGACAACAUUGGUUACAUAGAUUGGGACCCUUAUAUACCAAAGAUCUUCACCCGGAUCUUGAGAAGUCUUAAUCUUCCUGUAGGAUCCAGCCAGAUGCUGGUUUCCAGAUACCUGACAAAUGCCUAUGACAUCAGUUAUGUGGUCAUCUGGAUUUCUGCUUUGCUGGGAGGGCCCAGCAAACAGGCCCAGAUCCAGCUCAGUGGCCUUUUCAACGGCAUCGCCUCAUUUUUCCACCCUUCUAACCACGGCCGCUGGCUGAUGAAACUCAUGAAGCUCCUUCAGCGUUUACCUGCCAGUGUUGUGAAACGCCUUCAUCGAGAGCGCUACCGGACGCCAACAUGGCUGACCCCUAUUCCCGAGAGCCACCUUCUCAGUGAGCAGGACAUCACAGACUUCGUGGAGAGCAUAAAGCAGCCCGUCCUGCUGGCCAUGUUCAGCAAAACUGGCAGUCUGGAUGCAGCCCAGGCCCUGCAAAACCUUGCUCUGCUCCGACCUGAAUUGGUCAUUCCUCCAGUCCUGGAGAAGACGUAUCCAGCCAUGGAGACCCUCAUUGAGCCUCAUCAACUUACUGCCACUUUAAGCUGUAUGAUUGGUGUGGCACGGAGCCUGGUGGCCGGGGGGCAGAGGUUUCCUGAGGGCCCCAAACACAUGCUGCCUCUUCUCAUGAGGGCUCUGCCUGGAGUCGACCCCAAUGACUUCAGCAAGUGCAUGAUAACAUUCCAGUUUUUAGCAACUUUUGUUACUCUUGUGCCAUUGGUUGACUGUUCGUCUGCUGUUCAUUCAAGAAAUGGUCUCACCCAGGUGGAAAAAGAGUUGUGUUCAGCCUCAGCAGAGUUUGAGCAUUUUGUUCUCCAGUUUGUUGAUAGGUGUUUUGCCCUGAUUGACACCAGUACACUGGAACAGACACGGGAGGAGAUGGAGACGGAGAAAAUGACUCAUCUGGAGAGUCUGGUAGAGCUUGGACUGUCCUCCACAUUCAGCACCAUCCUCACACAGUGCUCUAUGGAAAUAUUCCAGGUGGCUCUGGAUAAAGUCUUUAACUUCGCCACUACAAACAUUUUUGAGACUCAUGUGGCAGGACGGAUGGUUGCAGACAUGUGCAGAGCUACAACCAAAUGUCACCCAGCAGAAGCUCUGAAGCUGUUUUUGCCUCACUGCUGUAAUGCCAUAUUACAAAUUGCAGCCAAUGAAGAGGUAUUAAACGAAGAGGAGCUGGAUAAAGAACUGAUGUGGAACCUUCAGCUGUUAUCUGAGGUGGUUCGUGUGGAUGGCGAUCAGCUGUUACUCUACAGGUCUCAGCUGGUGCAGAUUCUUCAGCUGACGCUACACUUGAAAUGUAAGCAGGGCUACAGUCUGGCCUGUAAGCUGCUCUAUCACAUCCUGCGCUCCACGUCUCUCAUCUACCCCAGAGAGUAUUGCAGCGUCCCCGGCGGCAUCCAGCAACACACAGACACAUACCUACCAAUCCAGGACUGGGGUCGCCCCGGAGAGCUGUGGAACCUGGAGAUCCAGUGGCACGUUCCCAGCACAGAAGAGACAGAGUUUGUUUUCUACCUUCUGAAUCUGCUGUUGAAGCCUGAACUCCAGCGUCUGCAGAAACACACAGAAGGACAGCAGGACAUCAGCAGAGAUGAUAUUCUGCAGAGUCUGUCCAUUGUUCAUAACUGUCUUCUGGGAGCAAGCAGCCUUCUGCCUCCACUGCAUGGAGAACCAGUACCACAGCUGAUCAAUAGUAUGGUUCAGCUAUACGAGACAAAAGUGUAUACCGGAGUGGACUAUGACCUGUCUAGGGAGAAUUACAGAGAGGAAAUCUGUAAGGCGAUCAGACCACUACUAAACCACACACUAGAGCACUCAGAAGAUGACAUCAAAUCCCUCUUCUCUAUUAUUAAGAUAAUCAAUGACCUGCUCCACUUUAAAGGCUCACAUAAACAUGAGUUUGACACCCGCUGGAAAAGCUUCAAUCUAAUUAAGAAGUCUAUGGAGAACAAGCUUCACGGCAGUAAACGGCACAUCAGAGCUUUGCUUAUAGACAGAGUCAUGCUGCAGCAUGAGUUAAGAAAUCUGACCAUGGAGGGCUGCAGCUACAGGAGUGUCCAUCAGGACCUGAUUAAUGACCUGCUCAGACUGUCCACCAGCAGGUACAGUCAGGUGAGGAGUAGAGCUCAGAAUGUGCUUUUCACUGCGUUGGGAACCUACAACUUCUGCUGCAGAGACAUGAUCCCUGUGGUGCUGAAGUACCUGGACCCAGAACGUACAAACGUUACACAGCAGCAGUUCAAAGGUGCCUUGUACUGUCUCUUAGGGAAUCACUCUGGGAUCUGUCUCGCCAACCUGCAGUACUGGGACUGCAUUGCUCUGACAUGGCCUGCCCUCGUGCGCUCUGGCAUGAGCCCCUCUAUGUCUCUAGAGAAAACUUCAAUCGUAAGGCUUUUCGAUGACCUUGCUGACAAGAUCCACCGCCAGUAUGAGACCAUCUCUGUUAACUUUUCUAUCCCAGAGAGUUGUGUCGAGAUUGCUGUAAAAAUGCUGAAAUCUAGUAGUCCAGAACCAAACCCAGGUGCCGCAUCUGAACAGGAGGAACUGGAGGGAAGGAAAAGACAGGAACAGAAAAACAAAGAAGCAAUGCAGAAGUACGAGAAGCUAGUGGUGGAUCUUUUGGACUGCCUUCAUGAUAGAAACAUACCCUGGAAGUUUGAGCAGUUAGCGAUCGGCUUCCUCUCUCUGAUGCUGAGAGAUGACCUUCCGUUGCCUUCCCCUGCAGUACUCUUUUUCGUCGAAAGCCUGAACCACGACUCUCUUCUAGUUCGCAAUGUUGCCAUAUCAGCAGUGGCUGGAAUCUUAAAGCAGCUCAAGAGACCUCACAAGAAAGUGGCAGUGAGUCCCUAUGACAUAUCUGAACUCAAAACUUCCUUACAGUCACGGGAUGGUAAAGCUGUGGUCUCUCUGUUGAUGGGAGACAGGCCUGAUAACCAGUGGCUGCAGUAUGACAGCAGGAGGUUGCCACAUUCCCAGCGGGACUGGGAUGAAUGCUGCUUCAUUGAGAAAACACACUGGGGUUAUUCCACAUGGCCACGGAAGCUGAUGCUCUAUGCCCCUCUUGAGGAACAGCCUAAACAGGGCCAAACUAGAGAAGAGAUGAAUGAGAGUGAACAGAUUAUAUAUGACCAUUUCUCAGACCAGCUGUUCAUAGAUCAGUUCAUCCAGUAUUUGUCUCUGGAGGACAGGAAGGGGAAAGAUAAAUUCAGCCCACGCCGGUUUUGCCUUUUCAAGGGUCUUUUCCGGAACUUUGAUGAAGCCUUCCUGCCCCUGCUGAAGCCUCACAUGGAGCGUCUGGUUGCAGAUUCCCAUGAGAGUCCUCAGCGCUGUGUGGCAGAGAUCGUCUCUGGACUCAUCAGGGGCUCCAAACACUGGAGCUACAGCAAGGUGGAGAAACUGUGGGCUCUACUGUGUCCACUCCUCCGUAAAGCUCUUUCCAAUAUCACUAUAGAGACAUACACAGACUGGGGAACCUGCAUCGCCACCGCCUGCGAGAGCCGAGACCCACGAAAGCUGCACUGGCUGUUUGAGAUGCUGAUGGAGUCGCCAGUCACAGGAGAAGGAGGCUCGUUUGUGGAUGCCUGCCGGCUGUAUGUGCUACAGGGAGGUCUUGCUCAGCAGGAAUGGAGGGUCCCAGAGCUGCUUCACAGGUUACUGCAAUACCUAGAGCCCAAACUCACUCAGGUCUACAAGAAUGUACGCGAACGCAUCGGCAGCGUGCUCACCUACAUCUUUAUGAUUGACGUGAACCUGCCACACACUCAGCCCACCACUUCUCCACGCAUUGUAGAGUUCACAGAACGAGUUCUGGCCCGCCUCAAGCCUUUAACAGAGGGCGAGGAGGAGAUCCAGAACCACAUAGUGGAGGAAAACAUGGAGGGAGAUCAAGACGAGAGAACACAGGCCAUCAAAUUACUCAAAACUGUGCUGAAGUGGUUGAUGACCAGUGCCGGGCGCUCUUUCUCUUCUUCUGUACCUGAACAACUGCGUCUCCUUCCUCUCCUCUUCAAAAUUGCUCCUGUGGAGAAUGACGACAGCUAUGAUGAGAUGAAGACAGAUGCCAAGACAUGCCUGUCUCUCAUGUCCCAGGGCCUGCUGUACUCUGAGCAGAUCCCACAAGUCCUUGGUGCUCUUGAAGAGAUCUCCAGGAGCAGCUCAUGGCAUGCGCGAUACACCAUUCUCACCUACCUGCAGAUCAUGGUUUUCUACAAUCUUUUCACUUUCCUCAGUGAUGCCAAGGCCGUCUGUGAUGUAAGAGCACUGGUGCUACGCCUGCUGGAGGAUGAACAACUGGAGGUGAGAGAGAUGGCUGCUACCACUUUAAGUGGAUUCCUUCAGUGUAAUUUUCUGAGCAUUGAUGAGCCCAUGCAGGCCCAUUUUGAGUCCCUGAGCAAGACCCGUCUGCCCAAACGCAAGAGAAGAGAGCUGGGCUCAGUAGUGGACACCAUCCCUUCAGCUGAUCUGGUGCGGCGUCACGCAGGUGUUUUAGGUCUGAGUGCCUGUAUUCUGUCCAGCCCAUAUGAUGUGCCCACCUGGAUGCCCCAGAUCCUCAUGGACCUGAGUGCCCACCUCAAUGACACACAGCCUAUAGAGAUGACUGUGAAGAAAACCCUGUCAGAUUUCCGUCGCACUCAUCAUGAUAACUGGCAGGAGCACAAGCAGAAGUUCACAGAUGACCAGCUGCUGGUGCUCACAGAUCUGCUCGUCUCACCCUGUUACUAUGCUUAGAAAGAUGUCCCUUUCUGGUGAAGGGGAAGUGUUUCUUACUUGUCUAACAGCUUGAAACUUGAAUUUUUGUUUGCUCUGAGUGUUUAUUUUAAGGGAUUAAAACUAUAUUGUAGUCAUCUGGUUAUGAGAUAACUAGAUUCUUUUACUGAAGUUUGUUUUUAAAAUUCUAAAUACACUUAAUAUUUAAGGGGAACCUAUUGCAGGUAUGGCUGACCUGCAUCUGUAAUCUUCUUGUACAGUUUUGUGUGUGUGUGUGUGUGUAGGGGUGAGUGCAAUAUUGUUUGAUAUAGUCCAACAUAAAGCAGUUUUCUGCACUGCUUUGCAUAUUUAUUGUAAUGCUUGCAUUUUACAAUUUUAGGGUUAAUCCAUUUGUAAUGUUGAUAUAUGUGUGAGGUAAAAGUACCAUUAUCUUUUUCUUUUCUUUUUUUUUUUAAUAACGCUGUAUAUUUUCCCCUCUCCUUCAGACAGACCGUGUGCGUCUUGAACAGUUAUGUAAGCCUACAUAAAUGAAUGAGUGUGAGAAAAUAUCACAAUGGAUGCUGUUACAAAAUACUAGUGCUUUGUAAACCCAUGAGACUUUAAACUCUUCCCUUCUGCACUUCAUGCUUCUAUUUCUUUAUUCAUAUUUUUGCAGUCAACAAAUUAUUUAUUAAUUUAUUUUUAUUGAUACCUGCUCUGUCUUACCAGUUUACGCAAUCUAUGCAGUUUUUAUUUUUAUUUUUGCAUUAAGGCAAGCCUUUUCAUAACCUGAUAUCAGAUUCAGAAGGCUUCUCAAUAACACUGUUUAGGAUAUGCAGAUUUUGAGACGCAUUUUAAAACGCAGACAUGCAGUUAUAGAGUGUCGCUGGUUAAACCUUGUUUUGCUUUACUGAUGAAUCAUAGCAACAAUUACAAGAACGUAUAACAAAAAUAAUUAGCUGACAAGCUUUCAGAAGUAUAUUCAUGCUGUGUCAAUCAUGUCAUGAGCCAAUGUGCUGUUUGGUAAACUGUUGGACAGUUCUGAUAUGCUUAUAAAUCAAUAACUUAUUGGUUUUCUUUUUCUUGAAAUGUCUUUUACAAAUAUUUGACAUGUCAAUAGAUGUUUGUAAUAAAGUGUGACAAAGUAUGAA